AUGCCGGAUCCAUGGCGCCAACUACGCUCCCUCGUUUUCCUCAGCGAUGAAGAGAUGGGCAAGAAGGACGACGACCACCACCGCGCUGGCGCCAGCGCCAUCAAGAACCCCAUCCUGCUUCGAAACCGCAACCCCCAAUGGCAGCCCGCCGCCAAGAUGCCGUCCCGCCGCCUCUUUCGACGCGUGGCCUACCUCCUCCUCAUUGCCUGCGGCCUCUGGUAUCUGCUGAGCGAUCUCUCCCUCGGUUUCGGCCAGAGACCUCCGAACUACAUCUACCCGUACCCCGACGACCCCCGAGAGUCUCGCGAUGCCACGCUCCGCAAGAACGGCCGGAUACCCAAGGGCCAGCCGGCUCCGCAAGGCACCGAGCACCACGACUACAACGGCCCCGUCAAGUUCCACCAUCUCGCUACCUCGCUGCACGCCAUCGCCGCCACCAAGGGGAGCCAGCCCGUCAACCAAAACGUCCUCUUCGCCGCCUCCAACCUGCGUAGCCUCUCGAACCUGCUGCCCUUCGCCUGCAAGAUGGGAACCGAGCUGAGGAGCUAUGUGCAUUUCGCAGUCAUGAGCAGGAGCGACAUGGAUGUGGACGAACUCAAGAAGAUCAAUGGUGUGGACGAUACCUGUUACAUCAUCUGGCACGAUGCCCGAGCCGACUUCCCGACCCUCUCGACCGAUGCGCGACUCGAGCAGUCCGCCCUCCGCGCAAUGCGCCACAUCUAUACCUACAUGCACCCGCAAGCCAUCAUAGUCGACGGCUCCGAUGACGAGUACCUACCCUUCAUGAAGGGCAUGAGAGACGAGACCAGACGUCUCAACACUCCGCUCAUCGAGCUCCCGGCAAAUGCAUGGACACACCUUUCAUGGUUGGCGAAACUGGACAGCGCCUCGUUGGCGGUGUGGAACCAGGUCAGCGUCGACAUCCUGAUUCAGGCUCCGGCCAGCGGCUCCGGCAGUCUGCUGCGGCUGCUCAAGUCUCUCAACGACGCCGACUUUACCGCCUUCACGAUCCCCCACCUCACAAUCGAGCUUCCGCAGGAUGUCGAGCCGGCGACCGCCAAGUUCCUCGAGACGUUUCGGUGGCCGCCGCCGCACGUCCAGAACCCCGGGCGCGUGCAGAUGCUCUCGCUGAGGCAUAGGAUCCCUCGGCAGCGCAUGACGGAGGAAGAGAGCUCCAUCCGCUUCCUGGAGUCAUUCUGGCCAACGACGCCCAGGCACUCUCACAUCCUUGUCCUGUCGCCGCAAGCCGAGCUUGCGCCGGGCUUCUUCCAUUAUCUCAAGUACACCAUGUUGGAGUACCGUUACUCGCGCCUGUCGAUGCUCCAGAAAUGGGACCAGCGUAUUCUCGGCAUCAGCAUGGCGUCGCCCUCUACGUACCUGAACGGCAAGGUAGACUUCGUACGGCCGACGAGAGAGGGUGACGAUGGCGACGGUGAAGAGACGUCGUAUCUAUGGCAGGCGCCCAACAGCAACGCCAUGCUCAUCUUUGGCGACAGGUGGAUCGAGCUGCACGGUCUCGUGUCGGAAGUCGAUGCGCUGCAGCAUGCGCGCGGAGCCGACCCGCCGCCGGACCUGGUGACGGAGAAGUUUGUGAGCAAAAGGUUCCCGUCCUGGCUCGAGCACGUCUUGCGCCUCUCUCGGCUGCGAGGCUAUUUCACGCUGUACCCAAGCGCCGAGACGGCGGCCACCCUUGCGACGGUGCACCGCGAACUCUAUCAGGCGCCCGAGGAAUACGAGACGGAGGAGAGCGAGAGGAAGAAGACGGCGAGUCUGUCAGAGUCGGCAGGCGGCUUCGGGUCGCUGGUGCAGACGCUGGACACGCUCCGGAACAACAACAGUCUCACGCCCGCCAACGAUCUUCCGCUGCUCGACUGGGAGGGCGAGGGCACGAAUCUGCGGCACGUGUACCAGAUGGCGGUGGAGUACAUGUUCACGUGGCGCGAGGAGGUUGGCGGCUGCAGCAAAGAAGAGUCGCAGAGGGAUCACAUUGACGGGUCUGCAAAGGAUCUGUUUUGCAGGCCCGACGGCAAACUCAAGGGGUAA